AUGAUCGAGAGCGACCUCAAAGAGCAGGUGUCCGUGCGAACAAAGGCUGCCUUCAAGGAGCUGAUCAUGGACGGACGGCGUGCGGUGGGCCUGAAGUAUGCUGAUGAGGAAGGCAACUUGCACAGUCUCCGUGGAAAUGUGGUACUGGCAGCGGGAGGUUAUGCGAACGACCAUGCAGAUCGUUCACUCCUGGACCGUUUCGCUCCGGAUCUGGCCAAGCUGCCUACCACGAAUGGGCCCUUUGCCACGGGUGAUGUCAUCAAGGCUCUUCUCAGUCAGGACAUCAGUGCGCAAACCACUCUUAUGGACAAGGUCCAGAUCCAUCCUACAGGCUUCAUCGAAGUCAAGCAGCCAAACUUCCACACUAAAUUCCUUGCACCUGAAGCUCUGCGAG